AUGUAUUCUAUCUACCGGGAUGACGAUCUGUGCCAAAACCGUGUAUCUACAAUCGAUUGGCACAAUAUACAACGUCAAAUCCUCGAAACUUCCGGCACCAUCGAGGGCGGCACGAACCCGGUCGUUCCGGAAUACGAUCCGCAUCACCCGACUCGUCAAGAAAAUCCUUACGCACAAAACUUUUUUAUUCCGCACAAC